AUGCUUCAAUACUUAAUUUUCUAUAAUGUGCUUGAAGAUGAUGAUAUUAAAGUUCCAAAAAUCGCAUGUUCCUCACAAAGUAAUGGAAAUUUAGGAGUUUUAAACUAUUAUGAUCAUGAUGAUCACUAUGUUGGUAAAGUAACAUCAUACUAUCGAAAAAGUAGUUCAAACAGUCAUCAUUGGCAUUGGAUUGCCGGCUCAUUUUGCCCCAAAGUAUCUGGAUAUUAUGAAAUUAAAUCCAAAGCAUGGCCCGCUAUCUAUACCAAGUUUGUCAAUCAACACCAGAAAGAUAGAGGUGAUGAAUGUACUGGUUGGAAAGAAAAAUCGUUUAAUCAAUAUCUUUAUGCAAAUAGAUGUUAUCCAUAUACAAUUGCUGAUGAAAAUAACUGUGUGACUGAUCGUAUAGAAGGUUAUCUUAAUGGAACAUUAAUUGAUAGUACAUCUACUACGAUUAUGGACUGCUAUACAGAAGAUUGCUUGCCAGGAUAUUACACAGAUACAUGUAGUCAAUAUAAUGAUGCAUACUGUAACGAACAUGGCUCUCUUGAAUACGGCAGAGAAUCAGAUGGCCUCGGAUGCACUUGUAAUAGUUUCUCUGAUAAUAUCUUCUGUGAAGAUACAUCCCAAUAUGUAUUUCCAGAAGGAAAGAGAGGUGUUGUUUAUACAUCUUAUUAUAAUGAUUCGACAACAGAUUCUUAUCAAGUUUAUGAAGAUUUCUCAAUGAAAGAAUUCUCAGAAUCCUAUUCAACAAUAGAACUAAAUUCAAUUCUCUAUGUUCCUCAAAAUACAGAUCUACAAUUCCAGCUCAAAUCUAUUCCAAAAGCAGAACUAUAUAUCGAUGGUAAUCUUGUUGUUGGAUCACUUGAUGACAGAUUUGAUUGCGAAGAAAAAGGUGAAUCAGUUGUGACAACACCUAGGCAGUAUUUCACAAGAGGAAAUCACUAUAUUAAAAUUAAAUUACUUCCUGGAUGCGCUAUGUAUAAUCAAUGUAUUAGCUUGAAAUGGAAAUUCUAUAGAUGGUAUAGAAAUAAUCCUUCAGAUUUUCAAGAUAUACCGGCUAGAUAUCUAGGAUUUAACUAA